CUCCUCUCAAAAUGUCUACUUCAGCAGCUAUUUACAGUACUAUACCUUCAGCUUCAUCUGUGCUCAGCUUAGAGCUCUUCCUUUGUACUAUUGUUUUUGUCUCCAUCUUUGCGUUCGUCCUUGCUCCAGGUGGCCUAGCAUGGUCUCUCUCAAAACCCCGAUCCAAAACAGUCAUUCCUGGACCGACUGGGUUCCCCAUUUUAGGCCUUGUGUUUGCCUUUACAUCAUCUCUAACACAUAGAACCCUUGCCGAGCUCUCAAAGGCCUUUAAUGCCAGACCUCUAAUGGCUUUUUCUGUCGGCUUCACACGUUUCAUCAUAUCAAGCCACCCUGAAACUGCCAAAGAAAUACUUUCAAGUUCUGCUUUUGCCGACAGGCCAGUGAAGGAGUCUGCUUAUGAGCUUUUGUUCCACCGUGCCAUGGGUUUUGCUCCAUAUGGUGAUUACUGGAGGAACCUCAGGAGAAUCUCUGCCACCCAUUUGUUUAGCCCCAAAAGGGUAUCUGGGUUCGGGGUAUUCAGAGAGAAGAUAGGAUUGAAAAUGGUGGAUCAAGUUUCAUCUUCCAUGCAACACGAAGGAAUCGUUGAGGUUAAAAAGAUCCUUCAUUUUGCUUCCUUGAACAACGUCAUGAUGUCCGUAUUCGGAAAAUCCUAUGACGACUUCCAUGUUGGUGAUGGAUAUGUUCUGGAGAAGCUAGUCAGCGAAGGAUAUGAGCUUCUCGGAAUCUUCAACUGGAGUGACCAUUUCCCAGUUGUAAGCUGGUUUGACUUCCAAGGGGUGAGGAAGAGGUGCAGAGAUUUGGUGUCCGAGGUUAAUGUUUUUGUUGACAAGAUAAUUGUAGAACACAGAGAGAAACGAUCGGAGAAUACAAGAGAAGAAGCUGAAGUUUCUGAUGGCGACUUUGUUGAUGUUUUGCUUGAUUUGGAAUCUGAAAACAAGUUCAAUGAUGCUGACAUGAUAGCCGUUCUUUGGGAAAUGAUUUUUAGGGGAACAGACACAGUGGCCAUCCUUCUGGAGUGGAUUCUUGCAAGGAUGGUGUUGCACCAGGACAUUCAAUCCAAGGCGCAAUCUGAGAUAGAUAAUGUUGUUGGGCAUGGUCGAGCAGUUGCAGAUUCCGAUCUGCCUAAUCUUCCUUAUCUCCAAGCAAUUGUGAAGGAAACCUUGCGUGUUCACCCUCCUGGCCCUCUUCUUUCAUGGGCUCGUCUUGCAAUCCAUGACACUCAGGUUGGAGCACACAUGGUUCCAGCGGGGACGACAGCCAUGGUGAACAUGUGGGCCAUAACCCAUGAUGAACGGGUCUGGUCUGAACCUGAAAUGUUUAAACCCGAGAGGUUCAUGGAGGAGGAUGUUGCGAUAAUGGGUUCUGAUCUAAGGUUGGCUCCUUUUGGUGGUGGCAGAAGGGUUUGCCCAGGGAAAGUAAUGGGUUUGGCUACUGUUGAGCUUUGGUUGGCUCAGUUGCUGCAGAACUUCAAAUGGGUUGCACCGACUUCUGGUUCUGUUGAUUUGUCCGAGUGUUUGAAACUGUCUUUGGAGAUGAAGAAGCCUUUGGUGUGCAAGGUCGAGGCUAGGGUUUUUUGAUACUGAAAAAGCAUUUUAUAGCUUCAUUUCUUUUUUCUAAUAACUGGGUUUUUUGUUUUGAUAUUUUUCGGCAUAUGAUGUAUGCCUUGAUCAUGUAUCUAUCUAUCAAGAUUGUUCACUUUUUCAUGAUCUAUUCAAUAAAACGUGGAAGUUUACUUUUGUGAAA